AUGGAGCAGAAUGAAAGCGGGUGUGAGCAGCCUCAAGCUCCGGCACUUUGCGUCAACAACUGUGGCUUUUUUGGAACAGCUGCAACCAUGAACAUGUGCUCCAAGUGCUACAAAGACCUCUUCUUAAAGCAAGAGCAAGCCAAACUUGCCGCCUCAUCUUUCCAGAGUAUCGUGAACGGGAGCUCGUCAACCGUUACUGAAAAGGAUUCAAUUAUCCCAGAAAAAAUCGAACCAGACGUUCCCAAAUCGGAGAUUGUGGGCCCACAAGCACCCUCUGCACUGCCCACAGUUGACGAAAACGAGGAAGUCAAAAAAGGUCCAAAUAGAUGCGGCAUGUGCAGGAAGCGUGUGGGCUUGACGGGCUUCACCUGUAGGUGUGGUAAUAUUUUCUGUUCUGUUCAUAGGUACUCAGACAAACACGAGUGCACGUUUGACUAUCGUUCGGCUGGCCAAGAAGCCAUAGCUAAGGCUAACCCAGUUGUGAAGGCAGAUAAAAUCAACAAGAUAUGA